UCUAUGAUUUCGGUGAUUCCCCCAUUUUGCGUGAUUUUAAAUGUAGAUUCAUUAAUUUACUUUUUCAAUUCCUAGAACUUCCAGAAAAUUCUAUUUUCAUUUCGAUUAUUGAAAAGGAAUAACUCAAACUAGUGUCAUGUAAUAUAUCAUUCACCUGUUGGUUGCCAUGGUUUCAUUUCUAAUACAAUCACAUUGAAUGUGAUUGUUAAAGAAAUGAACGCUAUGGACUUAAUAGAAAACAAAAAUACAAUAGUGAUAAAUGCAUCAAAAAAUGAAUUAUUCAAAGUCCAUGACAACUGGAAAAUACUACAUAGAAAGCUGAAAAUUUAUUGGAAAGUAGUGAUCAACACCAAAGAUGAAAUAACAAUGCAACUUCUAAGCAACUGUGAAUUGCUCAUUUUACCUGGACCUCAGUUACCCCUUGAAGAAAGUGAAUUGAAUGCUUUGAGUACCUUUAUCAAUAAAGGAGGUCGUAUUCUAGUACUAUUGUUUGAACAAAAUCAGAAUGAUAAGAGCAAUAUACAUAUAUUUUUGGAAGAGUAUGGAAUCAUUCCAAAUAUUGAUGUUUUGAUUAGAACACAUUAUUACAAGUAUUUCCACCCUAAAGAAGUAUAUAUAAGUGACGGUGAUUUCAAUGAUUGUCUAAAGAGUGAAAAAGAAAAUAUGACUCUCGUUUAUCCUUUUGGUUGUACGAUAAGUGUAAAUAAACCUGCAGCUACUGCUUUCACAAGUGGAUCAGCCUCUUUUCCAGCUGAGCAAGCUCUUGGUGCUAUAUACUACAACACCAACACAGGAGGAAAAAUUAUUGCCUUAGGUAGUGGCUAUUUAUUUUCUGAUAAAUAUAUCGAUCAAGAGAAUAAUGAUAAAUUCAGAGAAAUAGUAAUCAAUUUUCUCAUCAACAAACAUGAGGUUACAUUAUCACACACUGAUCAUGAUGAAAUAGAUAUCUUGGAAAGAAAUAUUCUACCAAACACUGAAGAAUUAGCUAAUAAACUCAAACUUUGUCUCACUGAUGCAAUUAGUCAUACCCUUUCGAUAGAUCAAAAGGAACUUUUGGAUCACAGGAUGUAUUCUAUCAACACUAAUUUGGUAUCAGAUGUUCUCAAGCUUUAUGAUGAUUUGAAAGUUAAGCAUCAACCAUUAAAAUUGAUAACACCUUUAUUCGAAGCACCUUACCCACCUCUCCAACCAGCUGUUUUUCCUCCAGCGUUUAGGGACUUACCCUUACCACCUCUAGAGCUAUUCGACCUGGAUGAUGCCUUCAGUUCUGUUUUUUCGAAGUUGGCACAGUUUACAAACAAGUUUUUAAUGGAAUCAGUUGGAGAUAUUCAAGAAGAUGGGCUCAUUUUCUUCAUUUCAGAGUGUGCAAAGAUUGUGAAGAUCGAUGAGGAGGUUUCAGAACCAAAAGAUAUUUUACAUGUAAUUGGGGCUGAAAUAGCAAAGUUUAAGAGUAUUGAUACUAUAGCAUAAAUGUUACUAUCCAAUAAAAUUUAAAAUGAAAUGAA